GGUUAAACGUUAUGCCAACAGCAUUUCAACAUUUUUGAAUAUUGUAGUUUCGCCCAUUGUUAAUUUCUUUAUUGCUUUGUUUCGUUAUGAGAAUCCUCUUGAAUUCAACUUAUCAUAUUAAAGGUUGUUACACCACUGUUCAUGCUUAUGUCAUAAUGAAGUUUGGUAGUUUGAACCGAUAAACCGCUGAGAGUUACCUAACAUAACUCAGUAUUUACCGCAAAUUUAUUGAGCAAUAGUUAACAAUGUUUCUGUCAAAUAUAUCCAAGUGAUUGAAUUUUAUAAUAUUUCAUUCAUAUAGAUUUUCAAAAAUAUGAUAAUUCUGCUCACUGUCUGGAUAAAAGAAUUCAUAAGGUUUUCAACAUAACCAAUUAGUUAAGUUACGUAUGUUAUUGUUGAAAUGUCUGCCUCAAAUGAAGAAAAUCAUUUUCUAAAAAAAUUACGAAAGUGCUCAAAUGAUCAAACAUUUCACUUCUCUGAAGGAAAUUUAUCUAAUUCAAAUGAUAUAAUCAAUUCGCUUGACCAAAUUCAAUGGACAAAUUUAACGUCAUUAGAUCUAUCAUCAAACAAACUGCGUGAUAUUACACUUUUAACUUAUGCUGAUAAAUUAGAAAUUUUGAAUCUGUCGAAUAACUUCUUAAAUAACGUCUCUUCAGUAAUCGGUUGCAAAAGUCUAAUUAGUUUGGAUAUCUCAAAGAAUGAUAUACAUGAACUACCAGAACUAAACAGGUUACCAUUUUUAGAAAAAUUAAAUGCAUCCCAUAAUCCAUUAGCAAGUAUUUCCGGUUUAUGGGGAUGUAUGAAUCUGAGAUAUUUAGAUAUGACCUCGUGUCAUUUAACUUCAUCUAUAUUAACAGGAUUAAAUCAUAAUGAAAUUCAACUUGGUGCUAUUAAUCCCUUAGAAACAACGAAUACUUUAUUGAUUUAUUUAAAAGAAAAGAAUCUUUUCGAUAAAUUACAACCAACAUUAUUAGGUAUCCCUAAUUUACGUUUAUUAAAUUUAAGUGAUAAUCCGCAAAUUUUUCAUAUUUUAACUUAUCAAUUCAAUAGAAAUGAAUGGUGUUCUAUACAAACGAAUUUAUAUAAUAAGGAUUCAUUAUAUAAUUCAUCUAAGAAUGAUCCUAAUGGUUAUGGUUUAUUACCAUCUAAUAUUGAAUAUUUAAAUUUACAAAAAUGUAAUAUACAUUUCAUUAAUGGUUUAACAUUGAUGAAACGUUUACAUACACUUAAUUUAAGUCAAAAUCAAAUUAUAGAUGAUCAAGCUUUAAUGCCACUUAAAUCAUUAACAUCUUUACAAAAUUUAAAUUUAAAAAAUAAUCCAAUUUGUGAUCAGAAUAAUUAUUUUGAAAGAAUAAUUUUUCAAUUGAAGUAUUUGAAAGUCUUGGAUGAUCGUCGAGUGUCAAUAAUCGAUAAAGUACGCUCAAAUCUCUACUAUGAACCUACAUUAGAACAAGUAGCCAGAGAAGAUCAUCGAAUUAAUUUACUGCAUCAAUUUACAAAACCGCAACGAUUAAGAGAUUGUACUUUACCAAGUCUAGAUACACCAUAUCCAAUUCUUGCUAUUAUUGGACCAGUUGGUAUUCAUAAACGUCAAUUAAGGAAAUUAUUAUGUCAAAAAUUAGAUAAUUAUUUUGCACCACUUAUAUGUCAUACAGAUAGAUUACCUAAAUAUAAACUAAUAAAACAAUUCAAUUCUAUCCAAACAAAAGAUUCAUCUCAUAAUAUAACAACUAACCAAACUCGAUUAAACAAUAAUAAUAAUAAUUCAAUGGAGAAUAAAAUGUUAUAUGAUUCUAAUUCGGAAAUUGACGGUAUCGACUAUUAUUUUGUGAAUACAGAAGUGUUUAAUAAAAAACGAAUUGAUGGUGAAUUUAUUCAAACUGCUAAAAUAAUGGGAUAUCAAUAUGGAUUAUCAUGGGAAAUACUAGAAAGUAUUGCACGUCGUGGUUUAGCCGGUAUUGUUGUUGGUGAAUUAGAACUAUUAUAUGGAUUACGUUUAGCUGGACUAAAACCUCGAUCUAUUUUAUGUUUACCAAGUAAUUUAUAUUAUUAUGAAAAAGGAUUACGUGCUAAUUUAUCACAAAUUCAUUAUACUCAAUCUGGAUUAUUAUGUAAUAAUGAUAAUAUAUUAGAAACAUUAUUAGAAAAUUCAGAGAAAUGGAUAAAUUGGUAUAUUCAUAGAACUUCUCAAUUAUAUCCACAAAUACAUCGUGAUAAUCCUGGAUUAUUUGAUGCUGUAUUAUCUAUUGAUGAUACACAAGAAUUAUUUCAACAAUUACUUUUAUUAAUUUUUGAUUAUUUAGGUAUAAAUAGCUCCAGUGAAUUUCCUAAUAUCCAGAUGAACGAUAAUGGUAUUCCUGAAAUAUAAAGUGCCUCACAAAUACAUGGGCUGUGAUGAAAUACGUUGAGAUUAUUUGAUUCGCUCAAUUAUAAGCAAAUAAAAUUUGGAGACUUCGUCGUCUGAAAUAGAUCGGCUGUCUCGUCAAUAUCAUAUCUCAUCAGGCCUUCUUUGCAAGCAUCGUCUAAAAUGAAUACGUGAUAAAUUAAACAAAUUCAUUUUUUAUUAAACUAUUCGUAACUUGCAGAUACCUAUUAACUUAAUGAUAAGGUUUCUUUUAUACACAGACUUCAUGCUCGCUGAUAUUUAUUGUCUACGUAACCUUACAUUUAAGAUUGGACGCUACUCUUAUGAGUAAAUGAGCGUCGUUUAGUAUUUCCACACGUGUUAAAUGGGCAAUUAUUUGGUGAUCACUUAUCCGUAAAAUUAGCUGAUGAAAUGUAGUUUAAUAGGAGAUGAGUUCAAUAGGAUUGUUAGCUUCUGUUGUACAUAAAUAGCUUCAAAUUAUUGCACAGAUCCUAAAGUUUACCGAAAUUUCAUGGGAAAUCACGGAAUGUAAAAGCUUAUUCGUAUAAAUUCCUACAGAAACACAAUAUUAUCGGCAUUAAUUCCAUGUUGACUGUUAUGAUUUCUAACUGCUAUCAGAUUGGCUUAAAUAGAAUCUUGAUAUAAGAUCAUUAGAUCCUUUUGAAGCGUUUAAUCAACCUUUUGCGAAG